AUGUCCUGCUACGACCUGUGUCCCACCACCAGCAGCAUCGCCUGCCCACAGCCCAUUGCCAACAGCUGCAAUGAUGCCUGCGUCCGGCAAUGCCCCGACUCAACAGCGCUCAUCCAGCCACCACCCGUCGUCGUCACCUUCCCCGGCCCCAUCCUCAGCUCCUUCCCCCAGCAAGCCGUGGUGGGCUCCUCCGGAGCACCCGCCUUUGGGGGCUCCCUGGGGCUGGGGGGCCUCUACGGCUCCAGGAGCUCUUAUGGCAUCGGGAGCUCCUUAGGGUACGGAGCGCAGUAUGGCUACGGGAGCUCAGCCCUCUCCACGCUCGGCGGUGGGUUCUGCAGCCCCUUCUCUUCUCGUCGCUACAGCAGGAUCCUGCGGGGCAGCUGUGGGCCCUGCUAA